GGGCAGAGCAGAGGAUGGCAGAAGGGCAGCUCGCCAGUGAAAGGGUUUCUCCGCUCAAGAACUUCGUGGCAGGAGGAGUCGGCGGAGCCUGUCUGCUGCUGGCCGGACACCCUCUGGACACAAUCAAGGUGAGGUUACAGACGCAGCCUAAAGCCUCCUGUAGCCAGUAUGUCCUCUACACGGGAACGUACGACUGCAUCCGCAAGACAGUCUCCAGAGAGGGUGUCCUUGGCCUGUACAAAGGUAUGGGGGCCCCCCUGGCAGGUGUGGCUCCUAUGAUGGCCAUCAGUUUCUUUGGCUUCAGUCUGGGAAAACAGCUCCAACAGGCAGAAAACGGCAAACGUCUCACGCACACUCAAAUAUUCCUGUCUGGCUGUCUGGCAGGGGUCUUCACCACAGUGAUAGUGGCUCCAGGAGAAAGGAUCAAAUGUUUACUGCAGGUGCAGGCUAGCAGUGGCCAGUCGAGGUACGCAGGUCCUCUUGACUGUGCUACAAGGCUCUAUAAGGAACAGGGCAUCCGUAGCGUCUACAAAGGGACUGUACUUACUCUUAUCAGAGAUGUGCCUUCUAACGGCCUGUACUUCCUCACAUAUGAAUACCUCAAGAACUUCUUGACGCCUGAGGGGCAAAGUGUUUCCGAGCUCAGCACUCCCAAGAUCCUCCUUGCGGGUGGGAUAGCGGGAAUCUUGAACUGGACGAUCGCUCUUCCACCUGAUGUCCUCAAAUCCAACUUCCAGACAGCUGCAGAUGGAAAGUACAGAGGUCUGGUCGAUGUCCUAAGAAUGGUGCUUCGAGAGGAAGGACCUAAAGGACUAUAUAAGGGAUUCAAUGCUGUCUUUCUACGUGCCUUCCCUGCCAAUGCGGCCUGUUUCCUGGGGUUCGAGGUGGCGUUAAAAGGACUGAACUGGCUCGCACCCAGUUUGUGAAAGCCAGUGGUGGAGUGCAGGGUAAACACGGGUAUACUCGCCUGUCCACCAAAGAGCCACUGAAAUACAUAGAUUAUUUCUCAGUAAUAUAACCACCUAUGUCAUAUAUUUACUAUCACCACAGCCCCGGUGCAAGUACUCAACGAUGCAGUGUGUCAGCCUGACUCAACCCACUGUCACUGUGUUGUGUGUCUGUUCAGUCACAUGUCAGGCUGCUGAUAUGGGCUGAAUUAUCACAUCUGUACCUGAUAUCUGGUACAACACAGGCCUG